CAAAAAACUGACAGCAAAGUCGAUUGAUUUUUGUCGCAGUAUUACUGUUUUUAUUAUAAUUAAAAAUUGUAAGUCCAUUUCAGUGCAAGUUUUGGUAGCCCCCAUGGACGUUUAGCGGUGCGGGAGCAGUUGAAACCCUUUUAUCGGUCCCUAAUAGUACUAAGCAGCCAUGCCGGGCACAAACCUCAUAGUGCCCGUAGUACUAUGGGGAAAGCAUGCCCCCACGCACUGCGUCUCCUCGGUCUACCUCUCCCGGGACCAGAAAACCCUCGUCACGGGGUGCUAUGACGGACAGAUCUGUAUUUGGCAAGUUGACCCGGAUAACUUGAAGAUGACGCCUCGAUGUCUGCUAGUUGGUCACACGGCUCCCGUCACUUGUUUGUCUAGGGCUUCUAUCAUACAGGACAAUAACUUCAUAGUGUCAUCAUCGGAAGCCGGAGAGAUGUGCACUUGGGAUCUGGUUGAUGGCAAAUGCAGGGAGAGUGUUAAACUGUCACAGAUACACACCAAUAUACAGGCGUACCACAUGUGCAACAGUGAGGAUUUGCGUUUAUUCUGUAACGGGUAUUACGCAGAGAUUCUGAUCAUGGACCCGUUCUCUCUAGAGAUAUUAUUCUCUCUGAGCUCUAAGAUGAACCCUGACUGGAUAUCCGCUUUGCACGUACUCCGUCCAUCUUCAAGGAAAGAUGAUGUUGUCUUAGCCAUAUCAAUUACUGGGACUGUUAAAGUCUGGUCUCUCCUAGGCCACGAAAACAAGCAAUCGGAACCGAUUUACGAGAACGAAUCGAAACAGAUUCGGUGUCUCAACGCCUUGUCACUCAACUGCUGUGCUUACAACCAGAGGACUGUUUUGAUAGUCUGCGCUAAGUAUUGCCAGAUAUAUGAUGCUGGUGAUUUCUCAGUCCUGUGCUCAAUACAAGCGCCGUCAGGCGAGCGCUGGAUGUCGGGCGACUUCCUCGCGCCGGACAGAGUGCUGGUCUGUUCUACUGAAGGCAAAGGAUACUUAUAUAGGUUGCCUGCCAACUCGGUUCCCGAUCACAAGGGAUUUCACGGCCCAACCGUGGAUCAUGAUAGUCCAGUACUGUUUGGCAUUCUUGCUCAUCCGGAUAAUAAGCUCCUAUCCUGUCCCCCCGCCAUGCGUUUCGUGAUAACAUCAGUGGGCGGCAAGCAACGUCGGCUGCUGCUCCGCGGCGACUCCGCCGGCGUGGUCUCCGCCUGGAGUGUAGAUGAUGCCGCCAUGCCCACUCCUCAUCAUACUCCUUCACACGCGCCUAUUGUGAUGACGAGUCUGGAUAUAGCGUGGGAAGAUAUGAAUCCCAGUCCCGUUGGUAUAUUGGACCAGUUGAAUCAUCCGGAAGAACAAGAAAUAAAACUAACAGCCUCCAUAUACCUUCUGGCUGCUAAUCGUCUGGUGGUGGGCAGAGAAGACGGGUCUAUUGUCAUAGUGAACGCGACACAUACGGUGCAGCUGCAACUAUUGCACGGAAAUCAUCAGCAGCUUGAUGACUGGCCUCCCCACCAGUUGUUGCUCGGUCACAUUGGGCGAGUCAACUGCUUGCUGUACCCACAUCAUGUGCACCAAAGAUACGACAAAUCCCACCUGGUAUCAGGCGGCAUAGACUUCGCAGUGUGUCUAUGGGAUCUAUUCAGCGGGGCGCUGUUACAUAGAUUCUGCGUGCACGCGGGAGAGAUCACACAGUUGAUCGUACCGCCUCAUAAUUGUAGUCCUCGAAUUCAGAAGUGUAUCUGCUCAGUGGCAUCAGAUCACAGCGUUACGUUACUCAGUUUAACAGAACGCAAAUGUGUAACCCUGGCUUCUCGCCACCUCUUCCCCGUGGUAGCCAUCAAGUGGAGACCAGCAGACGACUUCAUGGUGGUCGGGUGUAGUGACGGCACGGUGUUCGUGUGGCAGAUGGAGACGGGGCACGUGGAUAGAGUGCUGCAUGGUAUGAUAGCCGAGGAGGUGCUAUCAGCGUGUGAUGAGGCUCUAGCUGAUGACCUCGGCGGCGGCUCACUGGCGGGGGGCUCCAGUGACGGCCUCGCCAAUCCUGCUGUGCACUUCUUUAGAGGUCUCCGCCACCGCAACCUAACAGCCAUGCGAGCAGCCACACAACGGGGCCUCGCAGCCUUACAACACAGCGGCCCAGCCGGCAAUGCUGGGCCCCUAGCCGAGCCUGCCCGUGCCAGGAGGGCCCAGCUCACCGUCCAGGGCUUCCGGAGCAACCCUGCUGAUCCGGAGAGCCACAUCUUAUUCUUCGACAUCGAGGGUCUGAUCGUGGAACUCCUCAGUGAGGAGUAUUCCGCUAUGAGUCCUGCUAGUUUGGAGGCUGCCGGUUUAAUAACGAGCGAGUACAUGAAGGUAGCAGCUUUGACGCAGUCGGCCAGCCCUGACGCCACCAAACGAAUAUCAGGUAUACUGGCUAAAAUGAAGGAGGGUGCUGAAAACAUGCAGACUAAGUUACAGGCGAAGGCGGAACAGUUGAAAGGUCAUCUUGAGGCUAAAGAUGAAGCCACUCAAGCCAAACGCCAGAGACCAAGAGACAUGUCUUUGGCAGAGCCACCGCAUACCAUGGAGAUAGCUCAGAUCCUGAUAUCCUUGCUGCACGCGUGGGGAUUGGACCCAGAUCUUGAUAGGGUCUGUGAGUCCAAACUGGGAUUGUUGAGGCCUAUGGUCCCAGUAUGCUUCGGCGUGGUAUCCCGUCACGGCCACAUGGCUGUCCAGCUCCCCACGUGGCUCGGCAGCUGGUCUGCAGCCUGUGCGUCCGCUCCCGAUGACCCUCUCCUCAUCACUUCUGAUCUACCACCUGAGCUGGUGCGCCAGGAGAAGUUGACUAGACUGUUCUCCUCGAAGCUUCACUGGGAGUUAAGCACAACUCUAACUACCAACCAUCUCCUCUCCAUCGUGGCUCUGGCCAACACGCUGAUGUCCAUGAGUAACGCCAGCUUCGUGCCUGAGCAGGAGGUUAUCAGGAGACUGCACAGACCGUCAACCAGGAGUUCCUCAUCAUGGGCGGCUGAUGAGGAGAGGGAGGAGCAACUGGCCGCCCAGCAAGCUCACAUCAAGCAGGGCUGGUCACUCCUGGCUACCUUGCACUGUGUUCUACUGCCGGAUAAGGUGGUUGCCGCUGGAGCAAAAAGCUUCAAGCGUCCUCAAGUGGAGAUGCUGGCCCGUCGCUGGCAACAUCACUGCUUGGAAGUCAGAGAGGCGUCGCAGGCGCUGCUACUCGCUGAAUUAGGACGCCUAGGUCCGAAAGGGCGUAAGACGCUGGUGGACAACUGGGCGCAAUUCCUGCCUCUAUAUACACACACAGAGAGUAUCAACCCGCACGCAGCACACAAGGAACCCGCUGAGAAGGUGCAACAAGUUCAAGAAGAAGAAUUUGAAGAAGAAGAAGAAGAGAUUAUCCGCAAGCCGUCGUCGUUAGCUGAACUCAAGCGCAAGCAGACUACCGCUGUAGUCCUGCUGGGAGUCAUAGGCGCCGAGUUCGGACAGGAUAUUACUAGCGAAGGAGCCGCAGGCAAUAAGAGACGGAAAGAUGGCGACAGUCGCAAGAGCUCCGUAGUCGAAGGUUUCACCCUAAGCUCGUCGAACAACUUAGGCCGCCUCACAGCGCUGGCCCUGACGCACCUGCUGCUGGCGCCCGCGUGCGCGCGCCUGCCCGCGCACACGCCGCUGCGGCGCGCCGCGGUGGACCUGCUGGGUCGGGGGUUCACUGUGUGGGAACCUUAUUUGGAUGUUUCUCAUGUUUUACUUGGUCUCCUAGAAAUGUGUUGCGAUGCGGAUAAACUGGUGCCUUCAAUGACGUACGGCUUGCCGCUCACUCCGCAAGCCGACUCGUGCCGCACCGCCAGGCAUGCGCUCACCCUUAUCGCUACUGCCAGACCAGCAGCCUUCAUAACAACAAUGGCUCGCGAGGUAGCUCGCUGCGCCGCCGCCGCGCAGUCGGGGCAGCCCUCCCCCGCAUACCUCGCGCUGCAGAAGGGACGGGCCGAAGUGCUGAGAGGCAUCGAACUGCUCAUAGAUAGAAUGCAUAAUGAAGUUGCUGAGUUACUUGUAGAGGUAAUGGACAUAAUCCUGCACUGCGUGGACCAGUCUCACUUAAAGAAUAAAGGCUUGAACGAAGUAUUUCCUGCCAUCUGUAGAUACAACCAAGUGUCUCACUGUCCAGCUACCAGGAGAAUUGCAGUGGGCAGCCACACAGGCCAGCUAGCGAUGUACGAGCUCCGUGCCGGACGCUGUCAGUCACUGGCCGCCCACGCCGGUCCAGUCACCGCCUGCGCCUUCAGCCCUGACGGACGCUACCUCGUGUCGUACGCCACGGCUGAUAACCGGCUUUCAUUCUGGCAGAGUACUGCUGGUAUGUUCGGCCUAGGCGCAGCACAAACUCGUUGUGUGAAAUGCUACAGCACCGCUCCAAUGGCCGAUGUGGCUCGUUUAAACCCCGCUCGAUUAGCGAGGCUCGUUUGGACCAACUCCAGGACAGUCACUCUCAUGCUAGCAGAUGGAUCAGAAACCCGAUUUAACGUGUAAAUAAAUUUUCAUGUCAAUUGUAUGAAGUUAGAAUAUUAACUGUUAAAAGAAGUUAUAAUUGUUGUUUUUUUGCUAGUUACUUGUUUCGCAUAAUAUAAUAUGUAUUGUAUUGUAAACAGUUUAAAUUUACUGUUUUUUUUUGUAAUUCCGCUGAAACUAUUAUAUUAUUGAUUUAUAUAAUGUAUCCUGGUGGUAUAUUCUUCACGCACAAUAUAAUAACCAUUAACAUUUGCAGCAAAAAAUCUAUAUUUUUAUAUCAGUUAUGCUAUCAUCAUCUUUAAAGAAAUACCGUCGUACCACAGAAACUUUUAAACGUCAGUUUAACACUUGUCUAAAAAAAAUCAGAUUAUGACGUUGAAAUAAGGUCCAUUUUGCAGCCACACUUUUUUAGACAAGUGUUCGACGCAUGUUCAAGUUUUU